AUGGCAUCCACAGCACGACCAAGCACAUCGCCCUGGGCAAGCAAAUACCGUGGAGUACGAGGUGCACCUCCACCUCACGUCCCCCAAUUCUAACAGUCUUUUUUAUAGGCGACAGUGGAAGACCUCGACCCUCCGCUAGCCCUCUCCACCUCCCCCCAAUCCCCCAUCUCCUCCGCCCUGAUAGCAGCCUACGAACGCGAUUACACCCACCUCACCGUCAUCUCUCCCUCCGACAAAUCCCUCCUCGGCUACAUCUCCAUCCCCCACCUGCAGCAACUCCUCAAAUCGCAAAAAGUGAAAGAAACCGACAACGUCGAACAGGCCAUGAUCAAGUUCAAACGGAAAGGAAAGAAGUAUCAGCUCAUUACGAUGGAUACCACGUUGCUUGCGUUGGAAGCUUUCUUUGAGGGAGAUGGGACGGGGCAGAAGCAGGAUUUUGCUGUUGUGACGGAUCCUGGGAGGAGAUUUGUGCUUGGUGUUGCUACGAAGGAGGAUUUGCAUAAGUUUGCGGACAGGAGGCCCGGGUGA